CUUUGAAGGAUGAUGCAUCCACAACCUAUCCUGAAGGUAAGUUCUCUGCGAUGUUCACAAAAAGCACACCGCAAUCCACUCACCCACUCCAUAGAGAAUAUCUCUGUCAAACAGGAAAACCAACCACGUUCCAAGUUCUUCAGCAGACUGGUAUCGAUCCCCGUGGUGAAAGAUAGCUUGACCACAGUGUAUCAUUAUGUCAACGAGAAUAGUCUUGGCCGUUACGCCUUGACCUCGACAGAAGGCACCCUUCAAAAGGCGUCAGUCAUUGUGGCGCCUUACGUUGAGCGCUUCUCUGAUCAGCUCAAGACCAUGGAUGAAAUGGGCUACAAGUCCUUGGACUAUGUGGAACAAUAUACCAUCGUCAACAAGCCUACCGCCGAACUUCUUGCUAACGUCACUGAGCCUGUUCGUCAGGUCAGAACAACAGCCAAGGGCUAUUUGGAUACCACGGUGCAUGUCGUCACUUGGCCAGUGGAUCGCGCGGCUCAAAACAUUUUGGAUAAUUUGGAGUAUGCAGUGGACCGGGUUCUUCCCGCCGCCGCAGCUACAGCCAAGGAACCAAACCAUCCUUUGACUCAGCAAGAAAGAGCAUAUAGCUUGGCCAUUGAUACCAAGGCUCGUUUGAUGUCAAGAUUGCCUUCGGCUGUGGAUCAAAUUCCCCGCUCGCGUACGGAGCUUCAACAAACCUUACAAGCCAACACUUUGCUUCAAGGUGCGUUUGACCGAUUGCAAAAAUUGGAUCAAAGCUUGAGACACACCACAGAAACCACCAAACGUAACAUCAUCACCACUCCCAUCGAAACCCUGUCCAAGACGGUUCAUGAUCGCUAUGAAGCUGCUCGGUCUUUUACCGACCAACGUAUCAAUAACGUCACUGCUGAGUUGGUGGCUCAUCUAGAUCACACUAUUGCUUAUGUGCAAAAGCAUAAUCAUCUGUUCCCUGAAGCUGUCCGCACUCGCCUGCAACCUCUGGUUUCAUUUGCCGGUCAAGAAUAUGAUAUUGUUCGUGAACAAGUCCUCAAGACCGACAUCUCGUCUGUGCAAAAAGCCAAAAAUGUUCUUGCCCUGUCCACCAACUACAUCCUCCCUCUUAUGAAGGAUAGCAUGGAUGCUCUACAUGAAGAGUUGCGCUAUUACCGGGUGUACAUGGACAAGUCUAGAAACGAUGCUCUCAACACCUUACGAGGUCACAUCGAGACCUCCACUACCACCAUCAAGGCGUAAGUCGACAAAAACAACUUUGUAUAUUUUGCACAUUCACUUUAUAGAAAAAAAGAAAACCCCUCUCCCAUUCAAAAAAUAUUUGCCAGCCAUAGGCAACGUUUACCUUCAUUCCACUGUUACCCAGUAUAUGCAUUAUGAUAAUAAAGCAACAUCAAUAACGAGAUAUUUAUUUACCUACAAAGGAUUUA